CGACAUCAGUUUGAAAUACAGACUUCCCUUCGUUUGUGUCACAAAGUCGAAAAUGUCGCCGUCCGUCUGAAACGGAGAAACCCGACUCAGCAUUAUUUAUUGCAGCCGCAGCUGUGUUGUGGGAACAUGUGUUUUUGAGUGUCAUUUGUCCUCUCGUUUCUGCAGCAGCCGGUGACUCCAUGGGGCUGAAGUUUGUCCCACCUGAAUGAGUGGCUAGCAUGCCGAGCCACACCGUUGCCGUGCUGGCCGCACUGUGGCUCAGUUUCUGUCGGUACACCGUCUCGGAGUAUCUGAGGCCACACUGUGACAAUGGAAAGUUUCAUGUGGAAUGGGACCUACCCACAGAUGGUGUCCACUGGGGCUGUCCUGUUCCUGCUAGGUUAGACUCCACUCAGAGGCUCCCCAGUGUUGACACAGUGUAUGAUCCCGAGCCCGCCAGGCAGGUCUGCAUGAAUGAGCCCAUCUCCUACCGUCACAGCAUCCCCAACAGCGGUGCGUUCAGGCCAGUCAGGGCACAGAGCGGCGAGUACUUGUACUGUCCUCCUCAACGGUGGCUUCAUAACCUGCAUCACGGAGCUGCGAUAUUCCUCUACCAUCCCUGCGCAGCCUUCAGCGAGCGUCCUCUUGUGUCCAUCCUGGCCCGCUCAUGUCUAUGCGACUACAUCGUCACUCCUCACCCGCACCUCAACAAAUCCAUGCCAGUAGCUUUGGUGUCUUGGGGCAGAACGUUGGAGCUUUCCACUGCGGCCUCUUCCGACGUUUGUGAUUGGCUACAUAGCAAGACGACCUCCAGCAAUCACAUCAGUGGAAAGUACAACUUCCUGUUGACCCGGGCAGCAGAGCGUAGGGCGGGACGCUGCGCAGAACAGAAGGAGUCAGUGAGGCAAUGCUGCGAGGAGAUCAUCUCGUCGUGGCCGAAAGGCGCGAUAGAGACGGAGAAAGGUUCCCCCCUGAAGAACAGAAAUGGUCAAGAACUGCCAGGGAAAUCGAAGCACAGACAGGAAAGGGCCGCUGUUCCGCCGAAACAGGAUGCCGUGAAAGCAAACGGAACAUUUCAGGAGUCCAGUGUUUUGAAGAACCCAAAAAGGAAAACCAUUCCAGGGUCUAAUAUAUCAGGGCCUGCACAGAGGAUGCUACUCCCUCAGGUUCCUGAGACUGAUACACUUAAAGAUAAAAGUGCAACAGCGGAGCAGUCUUCUAAGCACAGCUCCACUGCGCUUGAACAAACGCUGGAAAAUGAAGUCGUAGAUGUGAGAGAAAGAGAGUUGGCGCAAGAUGGUGACUUUCACUCAUUAAAAGAGCGAGAUGAGUCGCCGCCCGCAAAACACUCCCGCCCAGAGCCGGUAAGUGACACGGCCAGCACAGAUGACUGUGACAGCUGCACGCCUUCACGACGGCGCGACUGUGUCAAGGACCCCGAGGGCCGAGCCACGCCCGUGAUCGGCGGCCCGCCGAGGACCGCCAGGUCCAACGAGGCGUGGUGGGCCGCGGCGGCGCUGGGCUUCCUGCUGGUUCUCCUCACGCUGUCUGUGCUGCACACGCGCCUGUACCGCCACUGGAGGACCAUGCCCAGUCUGUACUGGCACGACCCGCAGCAAGACUACGACAGCGUGGCAGACGUUAUCCACAGAAGGCUGCAAAUUGCAAAGAGGCGGCGGAAGAGAGGCCGAAGACAAGAGUGUGCCCUCCUGCCCAGCUCCUCAAGUUCGGAUGAAUACAUGUAGACAAAUGAAGGAAUCACCUUGUACAUUUGAACCUUUUUAGAAGUGUAACUGUGGUGUGCACAGGCAGAUCGGGGCACAGCCUCAUUACCAAAAGGGACAGCUUGUAAAUUCCACAGUAAAGAAAAACUAAUUGGGGUAUCUUUUUUUUUUUUUUAAACAGCACAACUACAGCAGUCUGAAUUUUUUAAGGUUUUUAAAUUGCAUUGGCUUUGAAUACAUUUGUGCAGCAAUUAUGUAAGUAUUAUUUCUUUUACAAACAGACAUUUUUGCUGAGUCAUACUGGUUUUGUAUUUUUACUUAUGAAAGUCUAGUUUGCGCGUUUUAUUUCAUUCCUUGUGACCGGCAGAGGGCAUUGCCGAAAGCACUGAAUAUUAUCCCCUUAGCGUGUGCAAAGUUUGAGAAUGCAAUCCAAAAGUAUGAGAUUUUAUGUUGAAGUUACUGCUGGCGUUCAUUUGUCUGCACAGCUUUUUAUUUGUCAUGGGAGCUAUAACGGGGGCUCUGCUCUCUCCAAGCAGUGUUUGACUCACUGGAUCGCGGAUGCCCUUUUUAUCAGCUGCUGUGUGGGGGUGCCACACUACCGGGAUUGUUGGGACAUCUGGAGGAUAUACUGUAUGUGCAGCUGCCUGGCACAUUUUCCAGAUUCUACAAUGUCAAUGUUACCAGUUCCCCAUUUACAGAGCCUGUUUUUGUGUCUUCAGAAACUUCUCAGUAAGGUUCGUAUCUGGGAUUCCUCAUGAUAAGCCAUUCAGUGGUUUCAGCACUGCCUUCUGGCGGUCAUUUGGGAUUCAUAGAACCGGUUAUAUUUUUAACUUUCGUUUUAAGUAAUGCUGCUCGUGUGCAUUAAGUACAGACAAUGGGAAAUGAUUAUGCAUAUAACUUGACUGAACAGAAGUAUAAAUUCAGAAAAAAUGUCCUGAAACUUCGUGAAAUGUGGAGUAACAUGGGAAGUAUGCAUCCAAAAAGAAAAAACUCACUCAGCUACAAUUAUUGUAUGCAUUUCCCCAUUGAGUAUUUGUGAAUGUUAAAUCUGAGAUAAUCUCCCCAGAUAAAUUUUUUGAAACCACUAAAUGUUUUUGGCUUGAAAUAUGUGUGAUUUUUUUAAAUUACUGAACAUAUUAGUAAUUUGUAUAAUUAGGCGAAAUACAUUUUGACUGGUUAUUUGCAGUAAAAAUAAAUGCCGACAAAUUUGAUCAUGUGCCCAUUUCCUGUUUUCUAUUUGUAAAUAGUAAUGGGUUGUAUUUCUAUGCUGACAGCUGAGACGGUUGCACAAUAUUUGAAAAGAAACCAGCCAAACAGUUGACAAUUAACUUGUUUUAUUAUUUUAUUACAAAUGUACAGCUUAUGAGUUUCCAUUACGACUGACCUUUUUAAGUCAUUGUUCUCAGUCUCUACGUUUAUACAAUUUUUUUAGUGUUUUCUGUUAAAAGACAAGGCUCCAGUCACCCUUCUCCCAAAAUGUAGGCCCGUGAGGUGAUGCACAAGGACAGCAACGCAACACAAUACAACAACGCACGGCCAGUGGUUAAGGAUCGGGGUCGGCUCAAAUAAAUCGCUGGCUUGACGGAAGGCUUGCUUGGUCCAGCCGAUGACUAUUGGGAGGGUGUUUAGAUUCUUAUAAGUGGGUGCAGAUGGAGAAAUAAAAGUGUGCUGGGCAUGAUGGGACAGAAACAUUCAGACUUGGUGUCCACGAAGCAAGGGGCUGAGAGGUGCCAUGUGCAGUUUUUGCCCCCCCCCC